CCUCAAGACCAUGCGACCCAUCAGUAUGUCUUUCUACAGACUCUACGUGCAAGCUGAAUGUGCACAGGAGACCCCCAAUCUGAAGUUGAUUCGAGGCGCCUUUGAAGAAGCCUUGGUGGAGUUUGGCUUGAACGAACCAGAUCUAUGGCUGAACUACGUGCAGAUGGAGAGAGAGGUCGCCAAGGACGGUGCAAGGGCAGGGGCCAUCCAGCAGAGGGCCCUGAACGGCCUUGACCCACAUCUGAAAGAGACCUUCAUCCGCAAGCAGGUCAUGGCUGGAUUGAGCGCAUGACGGAUUCAAAGGAACGGAACUGAACAGUAUCUCUGAAUUAUUCCGAGUUUUCUCAGAUGCUUUUGAAUAUUUUUAUUUGAGACUCUAAGAGCUCUAUGAUUUUACUUUCGGCCUCCAUGUUGUAUGGUGAUGGGUCUUGUGUGUGUGUGUUUGUAUUAUAUUUUAUUUUGUCCUUUGCUUCUGCAUUGCUAUGCUGACUGGGUGAGAAAGACGGAUAUUUUUGUAUUAAAAUAUUUUUUUUUUGCAAUAAAGAAAAAAUUGAGAGCAUCCUUUUAUUUUUGGCCUUAUAUGCUUUUUUUUGCAAUAGUUACAAAUUGGGAAUUGGGAAAGGAUGAACGAGUGUAGAAUGUGUGUGUGUGUGUGUGUGUGUGCGUGUGUGUGUGUUUAUUUGUGUUCUUUGCAUUCCCUUGCUAGAUCACAAGGGUAGUUGACUGCUGGAAGGUAUAUAUGUGUAUUUGUUUGUGUGUGUGUGUUUGUGUGUGUGUGUGUAAGUCCGACAAUCCUUAAUUUGAAUGAUUUGUAUUGGUCAGCAAACAUAGUUUUGUGAAAAUAUGUCAUCGGUGUGAAUGUGAAUGAAAAAAAGCUCUUAAGGACCAUUUUGUUAAUCCCUUCUGGAA